AUGUCGGGAAUUCACGAGAAGAAGUGCGGAGCCAAAUAUUACCAGCGCAUUACUACUGCAUCUCUGCAAGCUGUUCAUAUUCGAAGAGUACUGCAAACAGCGGGGACACCACCCUCAACUCCUGCUUGUUGCUGGGCUCGCGAUGGUGUGGAUGGCAAUGAUAUGACUCCUGCUACUCUUCCUGACACUGAUGAAUUCAAUGUAAACAUCUCAGAUGACGACAACGACGAAGAAGCAGAGAACACUUGGGAGGACAAUGCUCAAAAAAGUGGAACCUUUAGCGAGCCUGUUGGAACCAAUCCAAAAGUGGACAACUGUGAAACGCCGCCAAUUAUACGAGCUGUUUUCCUCUGA